AUGAAUCGCAAAAAUGAUAACCGAUUUCACGUGAAUAAUGUUUGCAACCGAGAAAUUCAUGAUAAAAGCGAUCGUCUCAUGGAUUUCGUGGCAAACAAUGCGAUGUCAGACAAGACAACGGCCAAAGACAGGACAGGUGGUGUGUCCUCGGGUCAGACCAUUGCCACUCAUAAUCACCAUAAUUCUGGUGAAAUAGAAAUCUCUGAAUUCGAUGCAAUUAGCAACGAAUCAUUGCCUGCCAUUGACUUCAAACUGGUUUACAUCAGCCAAACAUCAACUCUUAAGAUGCAUAUCAAACGAGUCAGUAGUUUGCCGCUUCAACUUAGGAAAAAUUGUUCAUCUUAUGUCAAAAUCUCCCUGAUCACUGACAGCGAAAAGCUGUCCACAUAUCACACAAAUGUGAUAAAGAAGUCUUUAAACCCCGAAUACGAGGAGGACUUCACCUUUUCGUCGCUCGCUUUUCAAGAGCUCCGGAAUAUAACCAUAAGAAUAUGCGUUUACGUCAAACGAAAACAAUUAUCUAAACGACAAUUAGUGGGCGACUUAUGGGUUCCGCUCUCCAGACCUGAUUUAGAGCCCGAUAUUGAGCUCAACUGCAGGGAGAAGCUGUCGGCCCACUAUUGAUGACUGGGAGACUGGGUUUUCUAUUCAUUGAAAUUCAGUACCAAUCCGAAGCCCAAAGGUUUAAAGUGGUUUU